UAAUCCAGGAGCACGGACAAUCCAAAGAAGCCUGAUCUUGGCCAGGGAGACUCAGACAGAACUGGAUUAUAUUUCUCAUCUUCACCCUUUUUUUCUGCUGCUCUUCUGGGUUCUUGGCUGAAGACGUUCCAGGAAAGCGAGGACAAAGCAAGAUGUGGACCUGGACUGACCUGUGAUCAGACCUGGGACACAAACUCCCGGUCCAACAUUCCAUCAGACAUGAGUGGAGGCAAGCGUCCCGGGAUCAAGGGCCUGGUGUCCGGCUCCCAGGAGCGCCGUCGUUUCAAGAGCGACCUGUCCGUGGACAUGAUCAGCCCGCCCAUGGGCGACUUCCGCCACACCAUGCACGUGGGCCGCGGCGGGGACGUGUUUGGAGACACUUCCUUCCUGAGCAACUACGGCGGCGCCAAGGAACCGAGCAGCCCGGACUCGGCACACAGCUCCAAGUCCAACGGCUUUUUCACGCGCACUUUCAGGCACAUCCGGAAGAAUUCCGGGCCGCGGGGAGAAGCGCGGGACUUGUCGUCGCCGCCACCAGACAUCUCGCCCAUCAUCAAGAACGCCAUCUCUCUGCCUCAACUCAACCUGGAUUCUCCAAACGGAUCCCUGCAGAGGCUCACCAUCCCAAACUCCAUCAGCUCAACAGAUGGCUCCAUCUGCACGUAUGGUCUCCAGUCCGGAUUUGUCACGCUGCCGCGCUUCUCUCGCCCGGACAAAGCCUUCCCAGACGGAGACGUCCUCAGAAGAUCCGUGCGCGAGCACCGUGGCAAAGCCCCAACCCGCUCGGACUCCCUGACCUCCUUCAGCCUGGACCUGGGCCCCUCCCUGAUGACUGAGGUCCUGGGCUUGUUGGACCAGCGGGCCGCAGGUGAGGAAGAGGACGGCAGCUCCACAACAGACACUUUUGUCAGCCCCGGGGCCAGCUCCACAAACUCCCCGAGAAGGAACGCCGAGGGUCAGGAGGACCCCCGCAGCACCAGCUGGACCCAGGAGGAGGACAGGUCUCAGGAGGACCCCCGCAGAACCAGCUGGACCCAGGAGGAGGACAGGUCUCAGGAGGACCCCCACAGCACCAGCUGGACCCAGGAGGAGGACAGGUCUCAGGAGGACCCCCGCAGAACCAGCUGGAUGGAGGAGGACAGGUCUCAGGAGGACCCCCGCAGAACCAGCUGGAUGGAGGAGGACAGGUCUGAGGAGGACCCCCGCAGCACCAGCUGGACCCAGGAGGAGGACAGGUCUCAGGAGGACCCCCGCAGCACCAGCUGGACCCAGGAGGAGGACAGGUCUCCUCACACGUCUCCUGCCAGGGCGGAACCCGCCAUGGAGUCGGAGCGCUUCCAGAAGGCGGCGGACGUUCUGUCUCGACAUUACGGGGGAGGCGCCGUCAAGAGGAGCUUUUCCAAAACGUCCUACACCUUCUCGGAAGAAGAGGAGGAAAUCAAAGUGUAGAUGAGGACACUGAUGGAAUGUUGUCACUUUGCAUACUCACUUGGAACUGUGCAUGGAAUUAUGACCUGGGCUGUCAAAGCUCAUGAUCAACUCAUCACUUGGAAUUAAUCACACAACUUCAACUGUUUGGAGGAAAUAAAUGUUAUAUCUACAAACCCCACAAGCAGUGAAGUUGUCACCUUGUGUAAAGGCUAAAUAA